CUUUUGUUUAAGUUGUCUGGGGCCAUCACUUGGCGGUUGCAGUUUCCUAGAGCGUGAGCAUGAGUAAGGUACCAAAGGAACUUCUGCUUAGGUCGUGUGCUGACCUUUUGGAGUAUAGCAAUAAGACCAAAAAGCGGAAGUUCACCGAGACAGUGGAAUUGCAGAUCGCUCUGAAGAAUUAUGACCCGCAAAAGGAUAAGAGGUUCGCUGGGACUGUACGGUGAGUUUGCGAACCCCAACCCAGGGUUCUAAUAUUUUGUGGGGAGGCCACUGGCCGUACAUUGUAAGUUGUAUGUGUUUAUAGAUUGAAGCACAUCCCGCGUCCUAAGAUGACUGUGUGUGUGCUUGGAGAUCAGGAGCACUGUGAUGAGGCUAAGAAUGCAAAUAUCCCUUGCAUGGACGCUGAGGACUUGAAAAAGUUCGGCAAAGAGAAGAAGCCUUUGAAAAAGCUAGCUAAGAGCUACCACGCUUUCCUUGGGAGCGAGUCUAUAAUUCGUCAAUUCACCAGGGUCAUAGGUCCGAUCUUGAGCAAAUACGGCAGGUUCCCUAUUGUUGUCUCGCACAAUGAGCCGUUGGCCCAAAAGAUUGACGAAGUGAAGUCCACAGUGAAGUUUCAGAUGAAAAAGGUUAUCUGCCUAAAUGUUGCUGUUGGCCACGUGAAUAUGACUGCGGCUGAGUUGGCACAAAACAUCAACUUGUCGAUCAACUUCCUGGUAUCGCUUUUGAAGAAGAACUGGCAGAACGUUCGGUGUCUGUACAUCAAAAGCACAAUGGGAAAGCCUUACAGAAUUUAUUAAAUAAAGUUUGAUAAUUGGA